UCCGGUUGUCAAUGUACACAAGAUGGCGGAAAAAGUGUAGGCCUAAACUGCGUUAGAUCCUGAGAUAUCUCUCUCUCAAUAUCUUCUUCUACAGGACGAACUGUUUUAUAUUUUUUGUGGCAGCUGUUCCCCUGAUUCAAAGUGUGCUUCAUAUCUUUCACAGUUCAUCAGCGACAGUGGUGAAUUCAGCAGCAACGAAACAGAGUGGAGAUAUGACCAAGACUGUGCAUCAUUCAGAUGCUGCCUUGACCCUGUCGCCAUGGACAUGACCCUUCCACCAUCCAUGGAAGCCUACACUCCGCCCGACAGCCUCUGGAGGUUAGUGGAGGAGAACGUUGCUCCAGGCGAGAGGCAAGAGAUCAGGGAUGUCCUGGGCAACUCCAUGGUGGAACAGAGUUUAGAACUUCACACAGAGGUCGAAGCACUGCUGGAGAUUUGGCGUGACUUUCGGCAGGAGUCUGAGACAGCGUUGCCCCCAGCCAAGGCGCUUCCCGAACCCCCGCUGCUUAGGAAGAGCCUGAAGGGACAGAUCCGAAUUCUCGUGGAGAGUUUGAAGGAACGAGCCAAGGAAGAAGGCAGGGAUUCAGGGUUGAGCUUGUCCAGGCGCAGCAGUGAGGUUCUGGACUACGUGCUGGAUGACAGCCCAAGAGAAUGUAGCACUCCACCCGGCUUAAGAAGACCCUCAACUGCUGUCAGCAAUCGAGAUGGACGAGAGACACCCUUGAGAAUGACGCCCUCUAGUGAUGGUGAUGAAUUGUCAGCAACAUCCACACUCAGUGACCGGGUAGACUCUGUUAGGGAUCAGCUGACUUAUCUUGAGAUAGAUGAAGUUGUCCAAGAAUUGAGGAGCGCCUUGGAAGACGAAGUUAGCCAACUGCUGCGGGACAUCAGCUUCUUGCAAAGUUGCCUGGAGGAGGAGUCAGACUUCCGAACAUCUUCCAGGAUGGUGGUACAGCAACAGGAGCCAUCCAUUCAAGAGUUACGAAAAGAGAAGAGUUUGCUGGAGAAACAGCUAGAAGAGGCCUCCUCCAUGACCACUAUCAACCUCAUCAACUCCGUCCAACCGAAGACGGCCGCCAAGCCUACCUCUCCAAAAAAACUUCCUGGCCCCUUGGUGCCGUCUAGCAAGAGCUCUUCCAAGCUUCGUCCAUCCCCACCAUCCUCAGCGAGCAAUGGGGCCAGACAGGGUCCCUUUAAGGCUUCACAGCCUGUGGGCAAAGUUGGAACAGUCCUGGGCUCGUCCAAUGUGAGCCAAGAGAAAAAGGCGACUAUCAACCCACCAAGCUCUGCAGUCCGCUCAAAGCCACCCAGACAGGGAUCAGCAGGUUCCUCUCACAACCUUGCCUCAAGAACUGCACCCUCAGCCACCCACAACCCAUCAUUGUCCCCUCCGCCGAACCUGCAACCAUCCCCACCAUCCUCUGCCAAGCCCCCCUCGGGUCGGCCAAGCUCAGCCCAGCGAUUCAGGACAAGGGUCUUGGAAGCCAGGCAGGGAAAAACGUAGCAGGAAAUCCGCCGGGCAAAUAACAAAAUAUCAGGGUUUCCCUUGGAAUCUCCAUGCCAUCUGGGAUAUACAGUAAAGGUUUCGAAGAUUACCAUGUAAAGACUCUUUUGCCUUGCUCUCUGGUUCACGAGCCAAGGAAAGCUACAACCUUGUGGUCAUCUGUGAGCAGUCAGUUCCUGAUGCUUGUAGGUUUAGGGUAGCGAGUGAGGAUCACUUGGACCAACAUUACUAAUUGUACAGUGAGUAGCAGCACAACGUUGAGCUUUUUGACGCACAAAGGUGUUUGAGGAACGGAGGUGUCAAAAUGGAUUUAAACCUCUGCCAACUCAUCUCUCAGGAGUCUCCCGCCUCUUCGACUUUUUUUUAUAUUUUCCUGAACUUAUAAUGGGAAUCUUCAUCGAGUUCACUUCAGUGGAAAAGCCCGUCAUGACAAGUCACAGGACUGGGCAUUUUCAUACAGCCAUCUGAUCCUGGAUUGAGGACAGAAUUUUUGUCUGUUCUGUCAAGAAUGCACAUUGUAGAAGCAUUAUGCUAGAUAUUUAAAAGAAAAAAUCAUCAAAGGCCGGUCAGUGUUGUUUGUAGCUGGCACAUUGCCAGCUACUGUUGCUGCCAGUGUUCUAUAACAGAACCAGUGCUUUCUGUGAAUGAACUCAAUUUUGUGUACGUUUUCUUGAAGUGUAAAUACAUGUAUAAUUGAAGCCUGAACUGUUUUCAGCAUUUCUGUCUUAAACUUUAUGGCAUUCCUGCAAUAUUUAAAAUUUUAUGAUCUGUGAGUUUUGAAAAGAUUUUUCUAUACACUGCAGUAAAUCAUAGUUUCAGUCUAACCUCCUUUGAGUGGAAUGUUUUAACAAGAAACACUAGAUGUUCUGUAGAGUUCCACAUGUGGAUCAUCACUCUCUGUUUGUUAGGCCCGAAAGAGAAAGAAUACAGCCUGGAACUUUCAAGCUGUACAGGUCUGUUCAUCAAUAUAUAAUGACAGACAGCGCGUAGGAAGUACAGUUAAAGGAAAUCAGCUUAUCUGAGGGAAAACUUUCAUUUUCAGUGUGUUAUGUUUAUAUUCUGCAGGAUACACAUUUGUAUAAUUCAGAAAUCUGUGUUGAAGAAUUUAGAAGAUAAAAUCUCUAGGUUGUGAAUCACUUUGUUUUGUUGCUGAAUGACUGUUCUAGUGCGCUGACUUCUACAUAACGUGAUGAUCGGUGAUUUCAAUAGAGCAAAGUUGCUCAAACCUAAGAAACUAUGAAAAGCUUUUACUAUAAAAGUGCCUGGAAUUUAUACAUGUUUAUGAUAAUGUGUACAUAUCUGUGUACCUACAUGACAUAUGGUAAACUUUUCAAAGGUGAUGCAUUGACUAAAUUUAAAUUGUGAGAAAUCCGUCCAGUGAAUUAGAAAAAUCAACACAGGGGUGGUUUUGUUCAGUUCAUUUGCAUUCCACCAUCUGCCUUGCACUUCGUGAUGGUUUCAUUUGCAGUUCCGUCCAAAGAUUUAUAGCCAGUGUUUGUUGAAUUUAAAGGAAAGAUUUGAAACUAAGUACAAUGAAGUUGACAUUUUAAAUAAACUGGUAUUCUUGUGUCAUCUCGGAAGAUCCUGAAAAAAAAAACUCAUUUGCAAACCAGUCACCUUUCUGUCAUUUAUCCUUUGUUUACCAAAGCAGCCUCCAUUAUUACACACACUGCAGAACACAGAGAGCUCGGAUUCAGGCAGAUUUACUCUCUUUUUUUCCUAAUUUUAUAAAGGUAAAUUUUCAGUUUUCAAAUAGCUUAGAGAAAUUCUUGCAUGAUGACUUAACUGUGCUACUGUACCAGAAUAUACAGUUAACCAGGGUACCAGCUAUGACCUCAAGUCGGGAUCACAGCGUACAUGUACAUCUAAAAUGAAGUUAAGGUUGUUUAUCAGUGGCAAAACAGUAACUGCAUGGUCAAAAAAAUUCUGUAAAUAUAAAUACAUUUAUUUACACAAGAGUACAAAUCAAGGCACAUUUUCCGUCAUAAAUUCAGAUGUUCAGUAAGAUACGGCAGCCUCAACAUGCUUUUAAGGUCCAAGUUCAUGCAAAGUGAAGCACGGAUAAAAGUGAAACUGGCAAUUCAAAUGCAAUCUGGGUAAAAUAAAGCCUCUUGUGGUUUCAAAAUACUUGUACAUACAUGUUCCUAAAUUGGAUAUUUAGUCUAAAAAUACUGCAGAACCACAAGACACCAUCCAGACAUGUGAACUGAUCUUCUGAACAGUAAAAAACAGGAAUCAUUUCAACAAGACAAUAACCAUACACCACGCUACACGUUCACAAAGAUACCUUCUGCGGUCUGUGCCUUCAGAUCAUCACUCUCUUGAUUCUUGGAAACAUUUUCUCCUUUAAACAUGUUAAAAUAGAGAAGAAUGUAAGUGCUCUUAAACCAGUUCUUCAUAAAAGACAGGACUGUGUAAUGCCAGCAUUACUACAUUUAAAAAGUUCUCUCCUAAAUUACCCCGUGAGGCAUUGAUCGGAUUUUACGAGGCACAACUCAUGCUAUCAUAAGUCCACGUAUUUACAAUGAAAUUCAGACCACUGGAUUUCUUAAGGAACUGAAAAAGGAAAGCCCAACGUUUU